GAACAUCAGGGAACCACCUCAAAAAUACGAGCAGAAUAUCUUGCCAGUGAAAGAAAAAAUGGGUCUCCCUCGACGAAAAUUGCUUGCCACGGCCGAGGAGACCCUGACGCCGCCGGACGAGCUCACGCCGCAGCAGCAGAUCGCGCGCGCCAUCAAGGCUACCGGCAAUAAUAUCUACCUGGUCGAGCUGGCGUCAAAACAGACGCUGCUUGUCGAGUUGCCUGCACGGUUUCGUUCUGCCAUUUGGAUCAAGCGUGGGUCGUUUGUGGUGGUGGACACUGGGGCGCUCGAGGAGCGGGAGAAUAAGCUGGGUGGGGAGAUUGUCAAUGUUGUUCGGGAUGAGAAAGCAUGGCGAAAAGCCCCGUACUGGUAGGUUGUUGCUUGGUGCUUUUUGUCUUUUAUCUUUUCGUAUGGCAUUAGAUUUCACCAAAGUGCUGACCGCUCCAGGCCGAAGGAGUUUGCGAAGCAAACUGUGCAGCUUUCGGAUGAUGACGACGACGAAGAUGAUGACGAGGAGGAAUCUCGAGUGGGCAAGAUGCCCGAGUCGGAUGAGUCGGACGCUUGAUCGAUUGGC